CAUAUAAUGAGUUGUGCAAGCGCGAUUGAAUCUGGCAACACUUACCGUACAUAGUUGGAAACGUCAAACAAUUGACAGUCCAUAAAAUUGUUUAUUUAUAUGAAAAGUGAUUGUAAUUUCAAGCGGCAAAAGUCGAUUUUAAUCAAAGAAGAAAAACCCAAAUGUGAAUCAUUCGUUCAAAGUGUUUCAAACAAGUUGGCAAUUAUUUGAAGCGGAAAUAGUCAUGGAGAUAAUUAAAAUUGAAGUUGACGAUGUGCCCUAUGGCUAUGAUUGUGUAAUUUGUAGAGAACGAUAUUCGUCGCGAACCGAACGAAACGAACAUUUGGAAACACAUUUCGUACACAAAAAAUGCAGCGAUUGUGAUCGAUUAGUGAUAUUAAUUGGGGAUUUGGAAUUUGAAUUGCACCGACCCACAUACUGUACGAAAGCAAGCGAAAACUAUGAUAUCAAUGACAAACAUCUACAACCAUUUAUUGCGUUGGAUAGACUGCAAGACGAUGAUGCAAAUCCAGAUGCGGUGCUUAACGAAAAUAAUGAUACAUCAAAUGAACAAAUUUUAGAUAUAGAGAUAUUAAAAGAUGACACAGACACCGAAGAUUGCGCAUUGAGCAUAGCCGGCGAUGUAAAUCCAGAAGAGAAUAAAGAAAUUGAAGAAGAGAACGACACACCGGAAAAACCAAAACCAAGCACAAGAAAACGAGGUCGAAAAGUAAAAAAAACGGUGAAACAAAAUGAAGAGAGUACACCGAAGAAACCGCGUCGUAUCACAAAAACGCGUUCAGUUAAAAUGAUAGCAUGCACUCAGGAGGGUUGCACCGAAGAAUUUAGACAACAACAAAUGUUACGCAAGCACUUGAAAAUGAUUCAUGGUAUCGUUGAGAAGCACAUUUGCUCAAUAUGCAACUUUUCAUUUGCUGAUAAAUCAAAUCUGAAACACCAUUUGGUGACGCACACCGACCAGAAAAGAUUCAUAUGUUCUUAUUGUGGGAAAAGAUUUCAUAAGUAUACUAACUUAACCGAGCAUCAGAACGCCCAUCUUGGAUUAAAGCCAUACAAAUGCGAAAUAUGUGGCAAGGAUUUCGGUAGAUCGAAUCACAAACGACAGCAUAUGCGGGUGCACACGGGUGAAAAGCCGUAUUCCUGUUUGAUAAAUGAUUGCUCGCGAGCAUAUAUGUUCAAAAUUGACUUGAAACGUCAUCAAAGAUCUGUUCACGGAAUCAUCGAUAAGACAUUUCCUUGUCAAAUUUGCGCGAAGGUGUUUUAUGAAAAUAAAUAUUUGACAAAACAUUUAUCAACGGCACACUCGUAAUGA